AUGGCACGGGUCCUCCAAGCCCCGCGCUGCCCACUGCACUACAGACAAGCGCCCAGAGCCAUCACAACGGGUUGGCGCCUGCACCCCACGGAAAAGAAGACGACGCGGAACGUGUCCGCGGGGUUCCCCUCACUCCCCCCCCGCCUGCAGCUGCCCGAGAUGCAGCGAAAACGCCACGGGAAGCGCUCGCCAGGGCUGGCCCCGCAGAAGAGAGAAAGGGUUUCCCAUAAUUCCCUGCGCGACAGCGAAAGCUCGGGGACUAGCCGGCGGCCGGUCGCCUCCCCUUUUCCCUCCCAAGACACCGUAGGCCGCGGUUGCCAUGGGGACUUGAGGUCGGCUUCCAUGCCUUGGCCACCGGCUGCCCUGUCCCGGGUGUUCGCCGAGCUGGCGCCGCUAAGCGAGAGGGGCCGGGAUGGCUUCUGCGGCGCCGCCGGGGAGACGCUGCCGAACCUCCGCAGCCACUUGCCCCUGUGCGCGCCCUCGGCACCGCCAUCGGCCCAGAAUCCGGCCCGCGAGGUGCACGUGAGCGGCUCGGCGGAGAUGUCGUGUGGCCCGGACCGGGCACUAGUUACGGUGAAGGUCAGCAGCACCAAAAACUCGGCGGCCGAGGCCAAGAACAGUGUGGGCCGCCGCCUGGACUACAUCGUGCAGAGCCUGCAGAAGCCUGGCAUCCAGGCAGAAAAUAUAACUGUGACAAAGGAUUUUAGUAGAAUAGAAAAUGCUUAUCACAUGGAAGCAGAGGUCUGCAUUACAUUCACUGAAUUCGGAAAAAUGCAGGAUGUUUGUAACCUUCUUGUUGAAAAGCUAGAUAGUUCUGUUAUCAUCAGUCCUCCUCAGUUUUACCAUACACCAGAAGCUAUUGAGAAUCUUAGACGCCAAGUCUUUCUCUGUGCUGUUGGGAAUGCAUGGCGAAAAGCUCAAGAAGUUUGUCAGCUUGUUGGUCAGUCACUUGGAAAACCUCUAUUAAUCAAAGAAGAGGAAACGAAAGAAUGGGAAGGUCAAAUAGACAAUCAGCAGUUAUCUGACCUAGCAGGUUCACUAAGUAUACAACAGAAAAUCCAAAGUGCAACAAUAUAUGCUUCUUCCAGGGUAUUUUUAAACUUUGAAGUUAACAAAAAGGAAAAGAAAAAAAAGACUUAAAAUUCUUUAUAACCAAAAUUUUUUUGUCUUUGUAUCUUUGUAUCUAAUUGCCUAAAACCAUGGUUAAAUUUGUAUAAUUUUUAUAGUUUCUUUAUACUAAGAUUAAUAUUUUAUGUAGAAUGCCAAAUUUUAUCUGUCAGCUAAAAAAAUGUACCCCACAGCAUACUUAAACUCUUUGUAUUCUUCAUUUUCAGUUUCAUUCCCAUGUUCCCCACAUUCUUCUUUCAUUGUAAUGUCAUUCUUUUUACAUUUUUCUUUUUUGUGACCAUGCGAACAGAAUUUGCAUUAUUAGGUAUGUUUUCUCUUUUCUGGAAUUUUAAAAAAAAAACUUUUAGACUUUGGUUUUCAUGGAUAUGUUUAUAGAGUGCUUUCUAUUCAAUUUUUACUGGUUUGUUUUAGUCUUAUACCAUGUUCAGUAGAUGCAUUAAAUAUUAAUUUUAGUGCAGUAUUAUCAUAAAUUAAUCUGCUUCACUUCAUCACAUGACUACAGUUUUACAUUUAAAUGUGGUUUCAGCUUCUGCACUACAAUCCAAAACUGCCAAAACUAAAUACUUUAUCAAAUAUUAAAUGAACUUAAAAAAAACUGGAUUUCAGUUAAAAACCAAGUAACUUUAUUUUGUAAAAGUAAUUUAUUGAUGAAAUUUGUAAAACUGAAAAUGUGGAACACCAGCAUGCACUAUUGGGCCUUAAGUUUCAAGUUAAAGGGAUACACAGUACUGCUUCAGGGAGCUUAUAGUUUUUUUUAAAUGUCAACCAAAGUUAAGCUAAUAGAGCAACUACAAAAGUGAGUAGAAGGUAAGGUUGGAGUCAAGCUUGAAGAAUAGAGUAAGUGAGCAUUUACCUGGAAGAGGUACAUCCUUAGCUUUAGUUGUAGGGAGAGAAUGAUGCAUUAUGGUAGGCAAAUGAUCAUUACAAAAAUAGAUUUUUUAAGUUUUUUUCAGCAUUUGGGGGAUGAUACUACAUUAGGGAAACUUUAAAACAGUCUUGAGCAGACUGAAGGAAGAGCUGGGAUGGAAUAAGAGAAGAGAACAAAAAACAAAAUAAGACUAUUUGAAGUUUGUAUUUUAUAUAAAUGACUGAUAAGUAGUGAUUUUAGCUCUAAAAUGCAGUAAAUAUAUUUGAAGGAGAAAGGAAAAAAGUUUAUUGUAAGUUCUUUUAGAGUAAAGACAAUACCUUAUUCUCGAAUCUCCUCAGCACUUUAUAUAGUGUUUUGCAGAACCAUAACUGGUAGUAGAAUUUUGGCCUGUCAUGGCACUAACAGCUGUGGGUCCAUACUCCACGAGGGGUACAAAGCUCCAUCCUUUUACCAGGAUCUAAGAGAGUUAGAAACAAGGAUUUCCUCCGGCCACUUUGGUUUUAACACUCUGGGCACUUCCCUUUCAAGACAAAGUCACAUAUGUGAGUUAUAUGCCUGCACACAGGGAAGGCAAUGGAGGACUGGAAAAUUAUAUACUUGUCUCACUCUCUAUCCACAGAUUCCAACUGGCUUGAGCAGACUAUAAAUCUCCCUACCCUCCAGUUCUU